UUCCCUCGGUUACCGGCUAAAUUUGUCAACAUAUGUCAGUAUCAUUCCUCGUGGGACGAUCGUGCGCUUGGAGUCAAUCCACUAGAAACGAUAAUACUCGUUAGCACAACAGACACGCGCUAUUCAGAAGAUUAUAGAGCUCUAGUUCAGAAGCAAAUCUUUCCGGAUUGGUUAUGCAUUGUGUUAAAACCCUACGGGCGACAAGAGCUGGCGUUUUGCUCAUCAGGAAUGCUGGAAAAUGGGAAAGAGUUGCGGGAAGUUUGGGGAGAAAACACUCACCUGUUCGACCGUUACACACGAGCGCAUCACCAGGGCAACAUCCUCGCCAGCAGCACGCUGUCAAUGAGACUGACGCCGCGACGUACAGCAGGGAGAAGGUGGUUUCUGGGUUGGAGGACUUGUUGUUCUACACCAUUACCCAGGGAGAGGAGAAAAUCUCAGUGGCGCGUUUCCUGACAGCACUCAAAAGCACAGGUUUGCAGACGUCUGACCCCCGUCUAAGAGACUGUAUGCGGCAGAUCCACCACGCAGUGCAAGACUCGGUUGGAACAGCAAUGAUGGACCAAGAACUGUUCAGAAAAUGUGUUGGCAGUAAUAUAGUCCUCCUGACUCAAGCUUUCCAGAGAAAGUUCAUCAUUCCAGACUUUGAAGCGUUUACCUCGCUCAUAAACCAUCUGUAUUGUGACGCACAGACUCAGCAAGGAGGGAAAGUAGCAAACUACAUCCCUCAGCUGGCGAAGUUCAGUCCAGAUCUCUGGGGAGUUUCUCUGUGCACAGUGGAUGGUCAGAGGCAUGCGGUAGGAGACACGAAUGUGCCAUUCUGCUUGCAGUCGUGUGUGAAGCCUCUGGAAUAUGCUCUAGCUGUGCACGAGACUGGCAGUGAACACGUGCACAGAUAUGUGGGGAAAGAACCCAGCGGCCUCAAAUUCAACAAACUGUCUUUAGACGAAGAGGAGAAGCCCCAUAAUCCCAUGGUGAAUGCAGGAGCGAUUGUAAUCAGCUCUCUCUUAAAGCCUGGUUACAACAAAGCAGAGAAGUUUGACUAUAUGGUGGAUUAUCUGAAGAGAAUGGCUGGGCGAGAAUAUGUUGGGUUUAGUAAUGCCACUUUCCAGUCAGAGAAAGAGACCGGUUACAGGAACUAUGCAAUUGGCUAUUAUCUCAAGGAGAAAAAAUGUUUUCCUAAUGGAGCUGACAUGACAGCAGCUCUUGACUUCUACUUUCAGCUGUGCUCUAUCGAGGUGACGUGUGAGUCAGGCAGUGUCAUGGCGGCUACUCUGGCUAAUGGAGGGAUCUGUCCAAUCACAGGCGAGCGAGUGCUCAGUGCAGAGGCUGUCCGAAACACUCUCAGUCUCAUGCACUCCUGCGGCAUGUACGACUUCUCCGGCCAGUUUGCCUUUCACGUGGGCUUGCCUGCUAAAUCUGGGGUUUCUGGUGCCGUCCUGCUUGUGGUUCCUAAUAUUAUGGGUGUGAUGUGUUGGUCUCCGGCUCUUGACCGUGUGGGAAACAGCAUUCGAGGAAUCCACUUUUGCCAGGAGCUGGUCUCUCUCUUUAACUUCCACAACUAUGACAAUCUAAGACACUUUGCAAAGAAAUUGGACCCUCGCAGACAGACAGGCCAUGAGAGGAACAAGUCUGUGGUGGAUCUGAUGUUUGCUGCGUACAGUGGGGAUGUUUCAGCUCUCAGGAGAAUCGCUCUCUCUGCGGUAAAUAUGGAAUUGACUGACUAUGACAGUCGUACUGCUCUACAUGUGGCAUCAGCAGAAGGGCACUUAGAAGCAGUCAAGUUUUUAACAGACACCUGCAAGGUCAACCCCUAUGUAAAGGACAGAUGGGGAAACACACCUCUUGAUGAUGCGAUGCAGUUUGGGCACAAUACGGUGGCCAAGGUGCUCCAAGAGUAUCAGAGCAUUUACACACACACCCUACUACCUGAGGUGCUCAGUGCAGACACAUGCCCCGAUUCCUCCAUUGAUGCAGAUGAACUGAAGAGCAUGGAGACUCUGGAGAGUUUAAUAUGAAGGAGAAAAUCCCAAACCGCGGCCUCUCGCUACUUCAGGGAUGCAUGUGGGUGUUAGAUUUAGGACAAAGCCCCGUGUAAAGACACACUGAGCAGGUGCACGCAGGUGAGAAAGUGCUUCAAACCAAAGCUCUGCUGUAUGUAGAUGUCAGCUAGCUCCUGCUAAGGGUUUGCAAUGGUCAUUACUGUAGUUUUACAAACCUCCGUUAUGUCUACGGUGGGAUUAUGAAACGGCCAGGUACUUCCAGAUCAUUUCUGGUACUGGUCCUCAAGGACAGUUUGUGGUUUGUACUUGGACCAAUUUAGAUGCUGAAGCUUCCUUUCCCUCAAAGUUAUUUUACUGUAAUGAAAAUUUAUGUAAAAGGUCACCCUUGAUUCAAAGUUUUCGCAGUAAUCUUAGACACUAGAAGGACUCAUUCACUAACUAUUUUAUGAUUUGAUUACAAGUGGAUAAUGUUAAGUAAAGGUGGACACUGGGUGUGAUGUUUUGCAUUCAGACACAUUAGACUGGAUUUUUAAUCGAUUUUUUGUAAAUGAUUAACAUUUUACGAGCUUUCGCAGUAUUAGAUUAAGGCUGCUUUCACACUAGCACUUUUGGUUCACACCCUGGUUUUUUUGAGUUCAGUAUGUUUAGCUAGUGUGAAUGUGUCUUCUGAACUCAGUUGCACACCCACAAACUGUCUGAUAGGUCUGGUAGCUCAAACCUGCUUGGGAGCAGCAGCUUAUUUCAUAUAAACAAGAUUAUAUCGGGUCUUUUCACGCAAAGGUGAUACUCAAAAAGUAUGUACCUAAUGCUGACAUUUUCUUACAGUAUAGUAUAUAUAUACAUUUGGGAAAAUAGUCAAAUAGUUUUUAAAAAGUUAUAUAAAUAUAACAUGCAAUCUGCAAUCCGAAAUAAAAGUAGGCCCAUUAGACUGGGGUGGUUCUCACCAAGGGGUUUAAAAAGAAUGUUUAUUAUUAUGGACUUUUUAGACACAAACAAAUACUAUUUUACCAGCAUUAGUACACAUUGUGUAUGACAAUAGACAUGCACAAUAUUUGUUUUCUUUAAAGGAAUAUUUAUUUAUGCAGUGAUGCAAGUGUUUUGACAGCUAAUAUGACGCUGAUUUGAUGCAUUGCAGAAGUUGCAGACACCUUUAAAUCUUUUUUGACACAAAAGUAAUUUAAACAGCCAGUUUUUCCUUACAACGAUUAAGAAAAACUUAAACAGGCCUAGGCUACUAUAAUAAAGAAGAUCAGCUCUAAAUGUAAAAUAAAAUAACUUGCUAAAUACUCUUGACACAUAAGUGUAAAGCCUGCAGCCCACAACAAAGGUGUAAAGUUAUUACGUAUCAUAUUCAACAAACCGUUUACUAUGAAUUUGAUGUCAUUUGGCUCACAUGGAUAAUUGAAUAUUAAUCAGAUGAUGUCAUUACGCUGCUGUGUCGACAGCCAAUACAUGCAGUGAUCUCAGAUCAGUUCAUCCAGACAUUUUAACCUGAUUUGCGAACUUGUUUAAAGACAAAAAUUAGCCAGAGAUUAAAGGAUCCAGGAUCUGUUAAAUCAUCUUAGAUCAUUUAAGCAAGGUACCAAGAACGAACCGCAGAACUGCAAGAUGUAAAUAAAAAAUAUAUAUAUUUUCAAAAUGUUUAUACAUUUAAAGUUGCACUGAAUUUCGGAAAACGAUGCUGAAAGAACCAAAACAAAAAACAUAUCCCAAAGCCUCUCUCCUUUAUUAUAUUUCGGGAAUAAUAAAUAGACACCCCCCUUUCUGCUGAUUGGCUGCAAGUGUGUCAAAUGCAUUUUCCAAAUAUUUGAGAACUGCACCUUUAGGAAUAAAGUAAUGUUAGCUAGAAUUGAAAAGUUUAAAUAAUUUAAUAACAAUUUUAAAAAUGAUUGUAAAUAGCUUCUGAAAGUUCUGUUAAUCCCUUAAGAUGUUUUAUUUAAUCUAUUUAUUUAAGCACUUCCUUUAUUAAGCAUUACAGCUUAGCCUUAACUACAUAAAACACUUAUUACUACUGCACGAUUGUACAUACAUAUAUAUAUAUAUAUAUAUAUAUAUAUAUAUAUACAUACAUACAUAUAUAUAUACAUACAUACAUACAUAUAUACAUAUAUACAUACAUAUAUAUAUAUAUAUAUAUAUAUAUAUAUAUAUAUAUAUAUAUAUAUAUAUAUAUAUAUAUAUAUAAUUGUGCAGUGCAGUCAGGGCUUUCUAUAUAUAUUAUAUGUAACUUGCAGCACUUGAUAUCACAUUUCACACACACCUCACUUUAAAAUAUGGCUGGGCUAUAAGGCAAAAUUUCAAUUUCGAUAAUUAUUUUCCAUAUUAAACGAUGAUAUAUAUUUCGAUUUAUAAUGGUUCCGCUUUUAAAAGAGUAAUCCAACAAUGACUGAAGCUACAAAAAUUAGAGAGUCCAUUAAAUAGCAUUACAUAUUUUCAGCUGAUAAAUUUUCAGUGGCCAAAAAUUCAGUACAUCUCUAAUAUGAACACUUUUAGAUUCCCAUUACUGUACAUUUCUGCUGUGUGAUUGGCUCUUCAAUCAAUAUGGAGUAAAAAAAAAACAGAGCUUAUUAUUGUUAUCGACAUAAAUUAUAUCACGAUUUAAUAUAAUAACGUUUAUCGGCCCAGCCCUACUGUAGGAAAUAAGUUUGUUACUGAAAAACGUUAUCUGUUGAAACUGUAGAGUUGUAAAAGUGUUGUAUUGAAAUCCGUCUGGUCAUAUAUUCAGCUAUUUAAACUACAACUCUUCUCGAUUAUCUUGCAUCCGGCCUUGUUUACGAAGUACAAUUUGGUGUAAAUUUAGCAGGCCAUCUAUCAGGACAAGCAUGUGUGCACUUUCAGCUGCGGUUUGAGUAGUUUAUUUAUGAAUCAUUCUGGAAAUGCCAUAACACUGCUUUGCCUCGAGGAGGUUCACGCGCCAGGGCUUUCCAUAAUGUCAUACGGCCAUCAAAGCCGUUCAAGCUACUAAUAACCAUCAGAUAAAUAUUUAGAGCAGGUAUCUGUAUAUUUGUACUAUUUGUAAGACGUUUUGAAUUUCUGAAGCUUUUGAAUAUGUUUUCUAAGUUAUUAUUUAAAUUAAAAUGUUAUAUUAAUGUAGGGCACAAAGCUUCAUCUGAAUGCUGAAUGUAAAAGCAUUGUUUUGAGAGAAAUUAAUGUAUUUAAAAUUGGUAUAUGUAUUGCUGGAUACACAUUUAAAGGAUUUGGAGGGGAAAAAAUUCAUAUUAAAAUAUGAAAAGAGUGCCUUUGUUAUGGAUGAAGAUGGAAAAGUGAGAUAUAGUAAAACAAACAAGUAUGUACAGACUGUAAAUAAAGAUCAUGACUGGUA